UCGACUUCCUUGCCCCCUGAGAAGAAGCCGCAGUUUGCGGACGCAGCAGCAGCGGUGUUGAGUUUUCUGAGGAGAGACAGAAAUUCAUGUUCAGUGAAGCUCCUCCCACAAACCCUGCAGAAUGAAACACACUGAAGAGCAAACAGAGUUGAUUAAAGAAAACGAGGAAAAAGAAGAACUGAGUGAAGUUGAGGAGAAAAAUCAUGUCAAAACUGAAGAAAAACCUUUGAGUUGCUCUCAAACCAAACAGAAAAAUUUUAAGAAAGGAGGCGCCAAGAAUUCUUUCACCUGCACUUAGUGUGGAAAAAUGUUCUCAUUCAAACAUCAUCUUGAUGUUCACAUGAGGGUUCAUACUGAAGAGAAACUGUUCACUUGUGAUCAGUGUGGGAAGAGUUUCACACGAUCAUUAAACCUCAAGAGACACAUGAACAUCCACACUGGAGAGAAACCUUACAAGUGUUCACACUGUGACAAGAGAUUCAGUCGGUCAUCAAAUCUGAAAACACAUGAGAGGAUCCACACUGGAGAGAUACUGUUCACUUGUGAUCAGCAUGGAAAGAGUUUCACACAAUCAUCAAACCUUAAGGAUCACAUAAACAUCCACACUGGAGAGAAACUGUACUCAUGUGAUGAAUGUGACAAAACAUUUUUGAGGGCUUCAUAUCUGAAAAAACACCUCAGAGUUCAUACAAAGGAGAAGCCACACUCAUGUAAUUUGUGCGGAAAGAGUUUUUCAUGUUUAGAAAAUGUAAAAAGGCAUCAGAAAAUCCAUACUACUGUGAGAGAGCAUGUGUGCUAUGAGUGUGGGAGGACUUUAACUUUAGUUGAACAUUUAAAACAGCACUGGAGUAUUCACACUGGAGAAAAACCAUACAAGUGUUCACACUGUGACAAGAGAUUCAGUCGGUCAGGAAUCCUGAAAAUACAUGAGAGGAUCCACACUGGAGAGAAACCUUACAAGUGUUCACACUGUGACAAGAGAUUCAUUGUUUCUGGAGACCUGAAAACACAUGAGAGGAUCCACACUGGAGAGAAACCGUAUCACUGCACUGUAUGUGGGAAGUGUUUCAGUCAAUCAUCUUCUCUACACAGACAUACAAAAAACAUUCACAGUAAGUAGAUCUUCUUCGGAUGCAGCACUUUCAGAUCUGAGGCUGUAAUAAUUCAUCAAGCAGUGAAAUAUCGUCUGGAUAAAUCUGUCAUUACAAGUGACAGGACAAAGAAAUAUUAUCUAAAGUUUUCACAGUGAAUAAAGUUCAUCUUCAUCUUCAAAACCAGCAGAUUCAACAGAUUUAGAUCAACUCAAAGAUGGAGUUCCUCUCAAAAGAACAAUGUCACAAAGUUUUAUUCUUGUAUAUCAUUUUGCUUCAUGAAAUAAAUGAUAUCAUUGCGUUUUCUUA